CGCAGCCUCUGCAGCAUCGCGCGCUCCUGUCCCCGGCGCUCGGCCUGUGUCCCGAGACCGGCAGCAGCAUCUGCGCUCAGACUCUGGAAAUCUGAUCUAAGCUAUCCUGUGACUGACAACUUUACAGCUAUACCAAGAGAUUCUCCAGCCUUUUGUCUCUGACGAGGCGCACUGAUUGGGGUCUGCUUAUUCCACAGAUCAAAAAGGAGCCAGAGAGCCUUCCUGGUUCUUUAACCACAGGACACAGCAGCCUUGAAGCUCUCCCCUCUGCUUAAGCAGGACAGAGAAAGAGAGGAAAAAUGGCAGAUGAUAGGAAGGAUGAAGCCAAGGCACCGCACUGGACUUCAAGUCAACUAACAGAGGCUUCUUCACACCCGCAUUCCCCUGAAAUUAAGGAGCAAGCUGGUGCAGGUGCCGGACUGGUCAGAAGUGCCAAUGGAUUUCCAUACAGAGAGGAUGAGGAAGCAGGAUAUGGUGAACGCGGGCAACAGGGCACAUACUCUAGAACCAAAGAGAAUGGGAUCAAUGGAGAGCUAUCCACAGGAGACAGAGAAACAGCAGAGGAAGUGUCUGCAAGGAUAGUCCAAGUAGUAACAGCUGAAGCUGUAGCAGUCCUGAAAGGUGAACAGGAAAAAGAAGCCCAGCACAAAGAUCAGCCUGGACCAUUACCUUUAGCAGUUGAAGAAUCAGCUAAUCUGCCUCCUUCCCCGCCUCCAUCACCAGCCUCAGAACAGACUGGAACACUGGCAGAAGAUUUACUUACAGCCUCGAAGAUGGAAAUCCGUGACCAGGAGGGCACAGGCCCUUUCACAGCGGAGCCAUUAGACACAAAGGAUCGUGAGUCAGAGAAAGACAGUAAGACUGAUGAGCAAUCUAAACAUGAUGCCUUAGUUCCACAGCCAGCAAAAACUGAGACUCUAGAUAAAAAGGAGUCACGGGGCAAAGAAGAAGAGAAAAUGCAUCCAACUGUGUCGGGACAGACUUUGGAUGCAGAUCUGCAAAAGAAAGGGGAAGUAAGUUUUGCAGACCCAGGUGCUGAUUCAACUGCAGAGUCUCUUGUAUCUCAAGGAUGCAGGGACUUGUCAGCUGACCUGCCGAAGGAGAGUAAAACAGAUGGAAGGAGUACAGAUACCCAGAUACCAUCUAACCAGGCUAUACCCCUGACAUAUAAAGAUGACUUUACAGAAACCCAGAAGAGUAAUCUUGCUCUUUUGCCUUCAGAAUCUAGAAUUGACGUGUCUGGUGCUGCCAAAAGUGAACCUCUUUCAGAAACUCCAAUGACUGUCUCACAGAAAUCACAACCUGAAGACAGUUGCAAAACAAAACAAGAGUUCCCUGACAAAGAGAUUGCCAAAGAUCUUUCGAAAGAUGAAAAGAUCCACAAAGACAAAACAGAAAAGCCAGAGGCAGGAGAUGUCUCUGCAAUGGCUGCAGAUGCCCCCAAACCAACUACAGAGGAAAGACCCAUCCAGAAAGUUUCUACCUGGGGGGAAGAAAAGGACAUGACAAGGGAUGAGAGUGAUGAGGAGGAAGGAUACGGCUUCCUGGAUUGGCAGCCCUCCAAAGUAUUAGAUGAUAGUAAACUUUAUGUGGAGCAGGAAGAUAAAAUAGUUGUUCCAGACAAAGCAGUUGUUAGUGAAGCUAAAAAGUCAUCUGAUGGUCUCCAAGCAGAAGAAGAGACUGAUCGAACUGGGGUCUCAACAGUAGUAGAUGCCAAAAAGGAAGAGCAGCAGAGCACAGAGACCCCCAUUGGCAAGUUAAGCCAUGAAUCAGUUCCUGAGAAAGCAAAAGAACCUAUAGAUACAGUUCAGUUAUCUAAAACAACAGAAAAAGCUCCUGAUGCACCAAGGUUAACAAGUGAAAAGGGCCCAACUCAUGAACUUCAUCAAGACAGAACUAUUGAAAAGGAUGCUAAGGAGGAUACAUUCCAUAUCUCAGAUUCAGCUACACAUGAAAUACAGGUAGAGGAGGAUAGGUCAGGAAUGUCAAAGUAUUUUGAAACAUCUGCUUUGAAAGAGGAAGCAACAAAAAGUGACACACAGCAGCAAGGCAGUGAUUACUAUGAACUAAGUGACACUAAGGAAAGUGCAUAUGAACUUUAUCAUGCAGAUCCUCUACUAUCUAAAAAGGAAGACAAAAAAUUAGAGCCAGAAACAGAUCAACCAUCCAGUGUCCCUGCUCAUGAAAUAGGAUAUAGUACUCUUGCUCAGAGUUUUCCAUCAGAUAAGUCUGAGGAACCUAGCUCUCCACAGGAAAGGAUGUUCACUAUUGAUCCCAAAGUGUAUGGGGAUAAGAGACAAAUCCAUAGUAAAAAUAAAGAUGAUUUGACUCUAAGCAGGAGCUUAGGACUUGGAGGAAGAUCUGCAAUAGAACAGCGGAGUAUGUCAAUUAACCUGCCAAUGUCCUGUCUAGAUUCUAUAGCACUAGGAUUCAGCUUUGGCCGUGCUCAGGAUCUCUCUCCCCUCGCUUCAGAUAUUCUAACAAACACUAGUGGGAGCAUGGAUGAAGGUGAUGAUUACUUCCCAGCAACCACCCCGGCAUUAGAGAGAGCCCCCUGUUUCCCUAUAGAUAGCACAGAGGAAGAUGAAAACAUUGAGGAGGAAAAAGCAAUGGAAGAAGAACAUAUUCAGGUUGAAUCCUUGUGUGAGUCGCCCUUCCUGGCUAAAGAUUAUUACAAAAAUGGGGCUGUAAUGGCCCCUGAUUUGCCUGAAAUGUUAGACCUAGCAGGCACAAGGUCUAGAUUAGCUUCUAUGAGUGCUGAUACAGAAGUGGCACGAAGAAAAUCGGUUCCUUCCGAUGCUGCUGUAGAAGACAGUGGUGUGUCCCUGCCUCCUGUGACUGAUGAAAACCACAUAACUCUAAAAGCUGAAAGUCAGCUAGAAGACUUAGGCUACUGCGUUUUCAAUAAGUACACAGUCCCACUACCUUCUCCAGUCCAGGACAGCGAGAGCUUAACAGGUGAAAUCUGCCCCUUUUAUGAAGGCAGGGAUGAAAAAAUGAGAAGAGGCCUGGCAGCUGACCUCUCUUUGAUAGAAGUGAAGUUGGCAGCAGCUGAAAAGUCUAAAGAGGAAUUCAGCAGCGAAAAAGACUUGAGUCCAAACAUCUCCAGUGAUGCAACAGUUCUGGGAAGGGAGUUUGAGCAGGAGAAAAAAGGCUCUGAUAAGCUAGAUACCGUGCUAGAAAAAAGUGAGGAACAAGUUGAUUCCAAAGAAAUCUAUUCCCUUGAAGAUACAAAACAUGAGAAAAAAAGGCCUGAUGCAAUUUUAGAAAUGAAAGAAGAAGGUACAGUUGAUAAAGUUCCCGUAGCCGGGCCAGAGAGUGAUAGUGCAUAUGACAAAGCAUUAGAAAAAGAGGUAACAAAAGAAAAAGAUCUUGUUUCUUUACUGACUCAGAAGGAGGAAAACUCUCUUAGCAUUAUACCAAAGGUAGCUGAGAUAGAAACACCACACAGGCCAGACUACGAUGCUAUAAAACACGAUAUGGAUGUUGCUGCCAGGAGAGCUGACCAAGAAUACCAGACUCAGCUACAUACUGAGAUCAGUGAGUUUGCUGCAGCUGGUUCAAAGCAGGACACAGAUUCUGUAAAAAAAGCAGAGCCUGAAGCCCAGGAAGCUCAGCAGCAGCAAAAGGACCUGGCCUCUUUGCCCAAAGAACCAAAGGAGGCAGAUGUUCUUUCAAGAACUGAGCCUGGUGAAAUGAAGGACAGCACCAAACUCUCUGAGUCUGAAAUUAAGGAGAAAGUGCCUAAGCCUGAUCUGGUGCAUCAGGAAGCAGUAGAUAAAGAAGAAUCUUACGAGUCUAGCGGAGAACAUGAUCAAAUCCAAGAAGACUUAAAUGGAGAAUCUUUGAAACCUGAUGACAGCAAAAUAGAACCUCAGAAACCACCUGUAUCAGAAGAAGAGAUUACAUCACUAUUGCCAGUGGAAGAACCUUCCAUCGAGCUUGCCAUUUCAAAAGCUGAUUCUGUACAAGAAGAGACAGCUGACAUCCAAAUGGAGAGCAUACCACAGCCUAAAGAAGAAAUUAAAGAGACGACUCCAGACAUAGCUGUGAGACCUGCAGAAACCACGGAGCAGCUACUGUGUGAUUUAACACCUGAGUCUGUAAAAGGCAAAGAGCAUGAAGAAAAAGAAGAUGAAGAAGAAGAAGAUGAUAAGCAUCAACUCGUGUCAGACAUGCACCAAGAAAUAAAGUUGGAGGCACCUGCUGGAGAAGAGGCGCCGACUGAGGCUGGCCCAGAGGAAAUGCCUGAACUGAAAGGAGUUAUUGAGUCUGUUGUGACAAUUGAGGAUGACUUCAUCACGGUGGUGCAGAUGACUGUGGAUGAGGGCGAAUCUGCCUCUCACAGCGUACGCUUUGCUGCCGCACAGCAGGAAGAAAUGGAAAGAAGGGACUCCCUGCCUGAAGAGGAAGUGGAGAUGGAGAUGGAGGAACCCGCUGACAUCCAGGCAGAGCCCACAGAGGGCUCGCUGGAAGCUCCCGCUUCACCCGAGAAGGAGGAGAUCCUGCUAACUGAUUACAAGACAGAGACAUAUGAUGAUUACAAAGAUGAAACAACUAUCGAUGACUCCGUCAUGGACACGGACAGCCUGUGGGCGGAUACUCAAGAUGAUGAUAGGAGCAUCAUGACAGAACAGUUAGAGACUGUUCCUAAAGAGGAGAAAGCAGAGAGAGAAUUGCGAAGAUCAUCUCUCGAUAAGCAUAAAAAAGAGAAACCUUUUAAAACUGGGAGAGGCAGGAUUUCUACUCCUGAAAGAAAAAUAGCUAAAAAGGAACCUAGCACACUCUCCAGAGAUGAAGUGAGAAGGAAAAAAGCAGUGUAUAAGAAAGCUGAACUUGCUAAAAAAUCUGAAGUUCAGGCCCACUCUCCCUCCAGGAAAAUCAUUUUAAAACCUGCUAUCAAAUAUACUAGACCAACUCAUCUCUCCUGUGUUAAACGGAAGCAGACAGCGGCAGGUGGUGAAACAAACCAGGCUCCAGGUGUAUUUAAACAAGCAAAGGAAAAACUUUCAGAUGGAAUAACCAAGAGUCCAGAAAAGCGUUCCUCCCUACCAAGACCUUCCUCCAUCCUCCCCACUCGGAGAGGUAUAUCAGGAGACCGGGACAGAGAUGAGAAUUCUUUCUCCCUCAAUAGCUCCAUCUCCUCUUCAGUACGACGGACUACCCGAUCGGAGCCAAUUCGCAGCAGGACAGGAAAGAGUGGCACUUCUACGCCCACUACCCCUGGAUCCACUGCCAUCACUCCUGGUACCCCACCCAGCUACUCCUCCCGUACCCCAGGCACUCCUGGGACCCCAAGCUAUUCCAGAACCCCUCAUACUCCAGGCACUCCCAAGUCUGCUAUAUUGGUGCCCACUGAGAAGAAAGUCGCCAUCAUACGCACUCCUCCAAAAUCUCCAGGCACACCUAAGCAACUACGACUUAUUAACCAGCCUCUGCCGGACCUCAAGAAUGUCAGGUCCAAAAUUGGAUCGACAGACAACAUCCGGUACCAGCCAAAAGGGGGACAGAUACAAAUUGUAACCAAGAAAAUAGAUCUGAGCCAUGUCACUUCCAAAUGUGGCUCCCUGAAGAACAUCCGUCACAGACCAGGUGGGGGACGUGUGAAAAUUGAGAGUGUGAAACUGGAUUUCAAAGAAAAAGCUCACGCUAAAGUUGGUUCCCUUGAAAAUGCCCACCAUACACCUGGAGGUGGCAAUAUCAAGAUUGACAGCCAGAAGCUAAACUUCAGAGAGCAUGCUAAAGCCCGUGUAGAUCACGGGGCCGAGAUCAUUACGCAGUCACCAGGCAGGUCCAGCGUGCCUUCACCGCGCAGACUCAGCAACGUCUCGUCCUCUGGAAGCAUCAACCUGCUGGAAUCCCCGCAGCUUGCUACCCUCGCUGAAGAUGUUACGGCCGCCCUUGCUAAGCAGGGCUUAUGAAUUUGCUCCAUUUAGCAGUGUAUGAAGUAAUAAUAUUUAGACAUGAGCUCUUGGCAGGAAUGGGCUCAGAGCAGGUGUUACAUUCAUUCUUUUACCAUGUCUAAAAUUAAGUCACAUCCCAAGACUGUAGCAACCAUACAAUAAAAAAAAAACCCAAAAUAAUUAAAUAGAUGCAGAAAUUGGCCUGAUCUCCAUUUACAGCAGGAAGACACUGGCUUUACGUGGGUAUGCAAUUGCAGUGUAUGACAUUGGACGAUUAUUGUCGCUCUGCUCUGUUUUGCAUGGAGUACCGUACUAUGAUAAAAUGCAUUUUUACCUUUCCAUGUGCCUGAGGGCCAUCCACCUCUUUCUGACUUGCUACUAUCCCAAGUUGCUCAUUUCACAGUUCUGUUGAUGGGUGGGAGGAAAAAAAAGUCGCCCAUUGUAACUUAUUACAGGUUAAAUUAAACUGAAGAGCCUAGUUACCGGAUGGGAAGGGCAUAUAAAGGAAAUCAAGUUUAAUUUUAAAAAGUGUUAUUUUGUAUAAAUGGGUAGAAGGAGAAAGACUGGAUUAAGUUAUUAACGUUUUGGGGCCUGGAUAAUUAUGUCAGUGUAUAGCUGAUUCCAAUAAAUUAUUUAACUGAUAACUAAAAAUAGUAGUUGAAAAACAUUUGAAUUGUGCUUGAGGAAGUGGCAUUUUUAAAACAAAAACGCUGUUGAAAGGAAGCACUUCCAUUUCAAUGGGCUUGUGUCUGAUUAGAAUGUCGGUUAAGCGGCUAGAUUUGUGUACACACUACCAGUUUCACAUCCUUUCCAUCUGUUUGAUACAGUAUUAUAGAUAUAUAUAUUUCUCUGUGGCCAUUUGUGAUAUGCCCUCAUAUACUUGAAUAUUAUACUUCUUUAUUCACAGUAUCUGUGUCUCUUGCACCCUUUGGUGUUGCAAUUUUAGGUAUGUAAAAGUAGAUGUUAGCAGGGUUUUUUUUCCCUAUUCAGAAAAAAAUACAUAAAAAGACAAAAACAUUUAGCAUGAAAUUGCUUUCUGUAACAACUAAAAGCCGUGACCCUGUUUUAGUGUCAGAUGCAAGUCUCUUCUGUGAUGCUAGAAAAAUUAUUCCUUUUCCCCACCCUCCUUUUUUCACCAAGACUGAUUUUGUGAGUUCCAGAUGUUUAGAAAAAGGGUUUCCAAAGAGGUGGGUUUGGAUUCUGGAUUUUUUUAAAUCAAAAACAGUUUGGUUUUAGCUUCCUCUUUUUUUAAACUUCUGUAGUAACAAUGAAUGUUGGAUUUAUUUCAUUGAAUUUUUUUCUUUUGCUAAAGUUGAAAAAAGUAUUUGGGUGUCAUUCCAUACCUUCAGUAGUGUCUUAUGUGUACACUCGGGCACUCUGGUAGUAUAGCAGUAAACACUGUAGAGAUGCCAAUAAAUUAUAAUUAAUAAAUUAAAUAGAUAGAUAAAACGAACUCCCUAGUCUGGAUCACCAAGGUGAAUGAAUAGAUAAAUAGGGCAUAUUUAAAUCUCAACAAAGAAGCAGCAAGUGUAUGUUGACUAUAAAAAGUAUAAGAAAAGUGUGAAUAAACUUGCAGAGAGGCACAUAAACAUCAGAUCUAAUGGAGUUACUUGUGAGAACUCCAACACAUCAUUAUGGACACUAAGAAAACACUGCUGAAGGUAAUAUGGUGGUAUUACUCAUCAGUGGAUAACAAAUCUGCUGAUGUUAUGUACAGUAGACAUUAUAAAAUGACCAAUUUACACACUUGCAGAUUGUUGGCUCUCUUCCUUUCGAAAUCUCUAGCUAAUCUUUACACUGUCAACUGAGCUAGACAUGAAUUGUGUAUUAAGUCAACCUUGUGUAUUGGAAGUUUUUGAGUACUCUGUUCUUUUUACUGUGUGUGUAUGUGUGUGUUGGGGAUUGAUCUGAAAAGAACAUAGAGAUGAUGUUUGUGUCUGCGCAGAAGAUUCUUAUAAUUAAUAGCAAAGGAUUCCACAGAAUUAAAUUUAGUAUUAAUCUGCA